AUGGCUCCAAAUAGGAAAAAGAAGAAGCCCGCGGCCAAUCCCGCUCGAGGAUUCGCUACGACUUCACUUCCUUCCAAGGCAAAAUCAGUUGAGCAGGCCAGUGACGCCACAGCCGAUGAAGAGCGUGCUUCUUCAACGCCCAUCGUGGCGCCCAAAGUCCAGGGCAGUGGCAGUGGCAGUGGCAACAGCAACAGCAAGCCAUCUCAAGAGACUUCAGACAUAAAGGAUAUGAGCCCAGAGGAACUAGAGGCUCAUCUGGAAACCUCCGAGCUGGAGGCUCUCGUGGAGAAGUAUGCAGCACGAUCAACAGCCGAUGCCAGCCGGCAGGUCGCAAAGCUUGAGACAGAGCGGCGGCAGCUACGUUCACAGGCCUACAGAUUGUCGACGUACCCUUGGCUCACUGAUGACACGGUCAACGAGCUGUUGGAAUUGAGCGCGUCGGAAACCGCAGAUUCUGCAUCCGGUGGCCGUGCAACCGCGGCCGUGGAGGACGAGGAGAAGCUGCUGAUUGAUCUCUGGACCCUGGAACGUGUUUUGGAGGCCUUGAAACUCCCGAGGGUCUCCGAGGCCAUUGCUCAGGUUGCAGUACUGGCCAUACGGGGCAAGCUUGUCAUCAGCAGUGACUCUCUGCCUGGGUUGCAGGAGGCAUUCGAGUGGUAUGGUUCUAAUACUGGACCUAGUGAAUUGCCCCACUAUGAAACCGUUACAGCGCUCAAACCUGGGCAGAGCGGCGAUACCACACCAUUACAAGCAAAUUCUGAACCUGCAUCAGCCAUCCAAAGUCGGCAGAGUCCCUCAAGCACUCCUGCAAAGACCUCAGAGCCGGAAGAAGAGUCUUCGCCAGAUGUAUCCUCCGACAGCGAUGAAGACAUUGACCCUGCAGAGCUGACAGGGAAAUACAUUCGACUGCAGAGUCUGAUAUGGGAGGUCCAGAGGAAUCAAGAGGCCAACGAAGGUCAGAAGAGCACGGCCAGAAGACAGAAGCGGGUGUCCAGGUUGAAGCAAAAAAUUGAACGGUUGCGCCGAGAUCCGCUAUUUGAUGAAUAUGAAGCAGAGGUAGGCUGGAGCGCCAGCCAGAUCGACUUGCAAGCAAGCCACGAGCAGUCGCUGAGAGAAAAGGCGGCGGCGAAGCGGCGUGAACAAAGCCAGAACAAAUCGCAUGAACUCACGAACCGACCGUCUGGACCGGCUACGGCGACUCAGACAUCUCACCACCAGGAGGAAGGACAGCCGGCUGAAGAUCUAAAUACAGACGGCGACGGCGACGGGCUGUUGGCCGGCAUGUUCGGGGAAGCCGAUGGAAAUGAAAAUGAAAAUUCCACUCAACAAGACGACCCGCAGGGGGUGAAACUCUUGCACUUUGGCAGAUGGACAGGCGUUUCUCCCAGACGGCUGCUUGACGAGAUUUGCAAGGGCCAUGACUCGCGAGCCCGGGUGGCAGUCCGCAUCCUGCACAACAGUUCGUACUCGGCAAGGCACAGCUUGGACAUUUAUUGGACAGUCGACGCUCUGCCAGGGCCCCAUACGACAGAGGCACUUCCAUCCGAGGUGACGGCGAGAACUGAUCCACGGCUGUGGAGCUUGGAAAUGACCAGCAUGGCUGCUGCAAGCAGUGCGCAGUCCGAGGCCUACGUCUGCACGCUGGGUCUGUUCCUGGUGUCCUCGUUAGGUACGAAAGAGCAGAAAGCGCUGGCUCGUCUUCCAACGGUCUGGAGAGACGUCAUCAAGGACCUGACCGACUCGAAGCAACGACUCGUGGACGAAGAGCACAAAACCAGCCUUGGCCGCAUCCGCGGACUCAUCCACGAAACCCAGAGGAAAUUGAGCCAAGGGCAAACCCAAGUCGCCCGUGCAGAUGGUGGUGGGCCGUCAGGCAGUCUAGUAGAGCGGCGGCGGCGCGUGCCCCGGCCCCAAGCUGCCAGAUUGGACCCGGGGCAAGUAGCGCAGGAAUGGGAGACGCGUAGUUCGCGGCCUGCAUUCCAGGAAAUGCUGGAAGUGCGUCGCCAGCUGCCGGUGCAUCAGUUCAAGGACAUGAUCCUUGGUUGCGUCGCCGACAAUGCGGUCAGCGUGAUCUGCGCCGAAACCGGGGCGGGCAAGUCUUCGGGCAUCCCGGUGUUGCUGCUGGAGCAAGCAUUCGGCCAGGGCCGAGACUGUCGCAUCCUGGUCACGCAGCCGCGAAGAAUCUCGGCCGUCACGCUUGCGAGGCGCGUGUCACAGGAGCUGGGCGAGAGUCGCAGCGACCUGGGCACGGCCCGGUCUCUGGUCGGGUACGCGAUCCGCCUGGAGGCCAAAACGAGCAGUAGCACGCGCAUCACGUACGCCACGACCGGCGUGCUGCUCCGGAUGCUGGAGGAGUCUCCGGAUCUGGACGAGCUGGACUACCUCAUCCUCGACGAGGUGCAUGAGCGAACCAUGGAUCUGGAUCUGCUGUUUAUCGCGCUCAAGAAGCUGCAGCAGCGACGGAGCACGUUGAAGAUGGUGCUGAUGUCGGCCACGGUCGACGCAAGGAAGUUUGCCGCCUACUUUGGAGGCGCGCCGGUGUUGGAUCUCCCAGGAAGAACGUUCCCCGUCGAGGUCGGCUUCCUCGAGGACGCGGUCGAAGCGACGCAGGGCCUGAAGGACAAGGCAUUGUCGACGUCGACGCAGGACGAUGGUCCGGGUCCGGAUCUCGACGACUUCUACGGCAGCGAGAAAGGGCGGCCGGUCGUCAACAACCCAGAGGCAUAUAGCAGCCAGACGGUCCGCGCCUUGUCCACCAUGGACGAGUAUCGCAUCGACUAUAACUUGAUCGUCAAGCUCGCCGCGUCCAUCGCCAGCAAUCCCAAGUACGCGAAAUACAGCAGCGCCAUCCUGAUCUUCAUGCCGGGCAUCGGCGAAAUGCGCCGUCUCCAUAACCUGCUCCUGUCCCUGGACACGUUCGGCCGGAAUUGGCUCGUCUACCUGCUUCACUCGACCUUCUCGACGGAAGACCUGGAGAAGGCGUUUGAGCGGCCACCGCGAGGCUACCGAAAGAUUGUGAUCGCCACGAACAUUGCGGAAACGGGCAUCACGAUCCCGGACGUGACGGCCGUGAUCGACACGUGCAAGGAGAAAGUGAUGCGGUUUGACGAGCGCCGGCAACUGUCCAGAUUGACCGAGGGCUUCAUCUCGCGGUCUUCGGCGCGGCAGCGACGUGGGCGCGCUGCUCGAGUCCAGGAGGGACUUUGCUUCCACCUGGUGACGAAGCACCGCUUCGAGACUUCGAUGCUCGAGCAGCAGGUGCCCGAGAUCCUGAGGCUCGGCUUGCAGGACCCUAUUCUGCGCAUCAAAGUGUGGGAUCUGGGCUCGAUUGAAGAGACGCUCAAUGCGGCGAUCGAUCCGCCUUCGAGGAAGAACAUGCUCCGCGCCAUCGAGAAGCUGAAGGACGCCGGAGCGUUGACCAAGGCCGAGGCCUUGACGCCCUUGGGCCAGCAAAUUGCUCGUCUGCCGUUGGAAGUGACGUUGGCCAAACUGGCCAUUUUCGGCGUCAUCUUCAGAUGUCUGGAUCCCGUGCUCGCCAUCAUUUCUCUCCUGAUUUCCAAAUCUCCGUUCCUUGCUUCCGCCAGUGGCGGUUCGGGUUCACAAGCGGACUUUCGACAGAUCUUCAGCCGUAGCGACUCGGACCUUCUUUCAUCCUUCAACGCGUACGAAAGCUGGCGAAGAGCAAAGACGGCCCGGUUGGCGCAAGACUUCUGCCGCAAGAACCACAUCUCCGACCAAGCCAUGUCGCAGGUCGAGGAGCAGAAAAUCCAACUGCUGGUGUAUUUGGUGGACGCGGGCCUGGUGGUCCUGUCAGCCGAGGAGAAAGCCACGUUGAGCCGAGCCCGAGCAGGAGGAGUGGGAGGUCGUGGCGGCGGCGGCGGCAGCGGUGGCGGCAGCGUCUUCUACACCAUCCCCAGCCGCUACAGCGAGAGCAUCAGCGACCGGGCGCUCAACUCGCUCAUGGCCAUGGCGCUGUACCCUCGAAUCCUGUUGCGUGAAGGCAAGGGCUGGCGCAACGUGUACACGAACCAGCAGGUGUCGCUGACGGCUCGGUCCAUCAACCAUCCGAGCAACAACGCCAGACCGCCACGCUGGCUGUCGUUCUACGAGGCCAUGCAGAACCGCAGCGGGAACCUCAAUGUGUUUGAGACGUCGUCGGUGCCCGAGUCGGCCCUGGCACUGCUGGUGGGCGUGGGCGACGCCGAGUUCAAGUUCUUUGCCGGCGUGCUGGUGCUGGGUUUCGGCAAGGUCAAGCUGGCGGUCCGGCACUGGAGACAGUUGAUGGCCAUCAAGGUCUUGAGAGAGCGGAUGCGCCAGGUGCUGGACACUUGUUACAAGCGGCCCGGCGAGGAGUUGCGCGAGAAUGAGCGCCGAUGGGUGGAUUCGUGGUUGGCCAUUGAGGCUGUUGAGGAGUAG